AUGGGCAAGACAGCUGUUCACUUCGGCGCCGGCAAUAUCGGCCGUGGCUUCGUUGCCUGCUUCCUUCACAACUCUGGCUACGAUGUCGUCUUUGCCGAUGUCAACGACACCAUUGUCAACCUCAUCAACGAAACUCCCUCAUACCGAGUCAUCGAGGUCGGUUCUGAAGGCACCACCGAGAACACCAUCACAAAUUACAAGGCCAUCAACUCACGAACACACGAGGAGGACUUGAUUGAGCAGAUCCGAACAGCAGAUGUUGUUACAUGCUCCGUUGGACCCAACAUCCUCAAGUUCAUCGCUCCCGUCAUCGCAAAGGGUAUCGACCGCCGAUCAACAGAAGAUGCUCCCCUGCACGUCAUUGCUUGCGAGAACGCUAUUGGUGCCACUGAUACCCUUGCCGAGCACAUCAAGGACCCCCGCAACACUGAUCCCUCCCGCCUAGAGGACCACCACCUCCGAGCCCGAUAUGCCAACUCUGCUAUCGACAGAAUCGUUCCCGCCCAGGAUGCCGAUGCUGGUCUUGACGUGACACUCGAGAAGUUCUUCGAGUGGGUUGUUGACCGCACUCCUUUCCAGGAUGUUGGCAUCCCCGAGAUCAAGGGUAUCAACUGGGUUGACAACCUGGCUCCCUUCAUCGAGCGCAAGCUCUUCACCGUCAACACUGGCCACGCCACAGCUGCUUACCACGGUUACAACCGAAGAAAGCGCACUGUCUACGACGCCCUCCAGGACAAGGAGAUCAUGAACGAGGUCCGCGGUGCUCUCAUGGAGACCAAGAACCUGAUCGUCGCCAAGCACGAGAUCGACGAGGAUGCCCAGGCUGCCUACGUUGAGAAGAUCAUCAAGCGAAUUGGCAACCCCCAUCUCGAGGAUGCUGUCGAGCGUGUCGGCCGUGCUCCUCUCCGAAAGCUCUCCCGCAAGGAGCGAUUCAUCGGCCCCGCCGCCGAGCUUGCCGAGAACGAUCAGCCCAUCAAGUACCUCCUCGACGCCAUUGAGAUGUGCUUCCGCUUCCAGGAGGUCACCGACGACGACGAGUCCAAGGAGCUCGCCAAGAUCAUGUCCGAGAAUGGUCCCGAGGAUGUUGUCAAGCAGGUCUGCGGCAUUCAAGACAACGAGAAGAUCUUCCCUCAAUUAGUCAACGUUGUCCAGCGCGUCCAGGCUGAUAGCGCUGACGAAUAA